AUGUUUGACUAUAAAAUAGCUAAAAUUGCUACUGAAAAACAAAGAUUUGAUUUUUUAGAUAUUCUUGAUCAAAUUCUAGAAGAAUUAUAUAAUACAAAUGAAAAUACUAAUAAAUUAAGUUAUAGUAGAAUUAUAAAUCCACAUUUAGUUAGAUCCAAGAGAAAAUCAUAUAAUAAAAGAUUUAAAAGUUCUGUUGAAAUGUAUAAAGAUUCUAAUAAAAAUGGUAGUUCUAUUCAAAAUAAUAAUGAGUAA